GGCGGCGGCGGGCGGCCGGCGGGCUCAGUCGGACGAUGGCCGCGGCCGCGGCGGGUGGAGCUCCGGGCCCAACCCCGAGCCCGGCCCCCGGCCCCGGCGCCGGCCCCGCCAGGGCCCCGCCGCCCGCCGGCCCCGGCCCCGCCGCCAGGGCCCCGCCGCAGGCGCUCCGGAGGCGCGGGGACUCGCGGCGCCGCCAGGCCGCUCUCUUCUUCCUCAACAACAUCUCCCUGGACGGCCGCCCCCCGAGCCUGGACCCGGGCGGGGAGAAGCCCCCGCCGCCGCCCGCCGAAGCCCGCGAGCCGCCCGCGCCGCCGCCGCCGCCGCCGCCGGGGCCCCCGGGGCCCGAGCCCCCCGCCCGCGGGGCCCCGCCGCCGCCCCCGCCGCCGCCGCCGCCGCCCGCGCCCCCCGCCGGCCUGCCCGGGCUGCCGGGUCCCGCGGGCAGGGCGUCGGCGCCCCAGGGCCUGCUCAGCCCGGCGCCCGGCCCCGCGCCCGCCAGCCUGGGCCUCGGCCUGGGCCUCGGGCUGGACGGGCAACGCCAGAGACGGCGAGUCGUCUCCCAGCGCUGUUCUCUCGAGUUCCUGGAAGACGCUGUGGGAUGUGCCUCGGUUCAAAGAACCAAGCACAUAUCCGGAUCCCCAAGACACAAAGGCUUGAAGAAGACCCACUUCAUCAAGAAUAUGAGGCAGUAUGACACCAGGAACAGCAGGAUCGUGCUCAUCUGUGCCAAGCGGUCCCUAUGUGCGGCCUUCUCGGUCCUGCCCUACGGAGAAGGCCUGCGGCUCAGUGACCUGAGGGUGGACAGCCAGAAGCAGAGGCACCCGUCGGGCGGCGUCUCCGUGUCUUCUGAGAUGGUCUUUGAGUUGGAGGGCGUUGAGCUGGGAGCAGACGGGAAGGUGGUGUCUUAUGCCAAGUUCUUGUACCCUACCAACGCCCUGGUCACACACAAGACGGACGGCCACGGCCUGCCGCCCCAGCCCCGGCCCAGCGUCCCCCGCGCUCUGCCAGGCUCAAGAUACAAACCGGCCCCGGCCAAGUCAGCACCAGCUGGCACGGAACUAGGCGGCGACGCCGGGGACGUGCUGGAAUACAAUCCCAAUCUGCUGGACGACCCGCAGUGGCCCUGCGGCAAGCACAAAAGGGUCCUCAUCUUCGCCUCUUACAUGACCACGGUGAUCGAGUACGUGAAGCCCUCUGACCUCAAGAAGGACAUGAAUGAGACCUUCCGAGAGAAGUUCCCGCAUAUCAAACUGACCCUGAGCAAGAUCCGGAGCUUGAAGCGCGAGAUGCGGAACCUUUCUGAGGAGUGCAGCCUGGAGCCCGUGACCGUAUCCAUGGCGUACGUGUACUUCGAGAAGCUGGUCCUGCAGGGCAAACUGAACAAGCAGAACCGCAAGCUGUGCGCCGGCGCGUGCGUGCUGCUCGCAGCCAAGAUCAGCAGCGAUCUGCGCAGGGGUGAGGUGAAGCAGCUCAUCGAUAAGCUGGAAGAAAGGUUCCGAUUCAACAGACGGGAUCUGAUUGGGUUCGAGUUCACGGUGCUGGUGGCCUUGGAACUCGCACUCUACCUUCCUGAGAGCCAGGUGUUACCUCAUUACCGACGCCUCACGCAGCAGUUCUAGUCAAGGCCGGCCCCGCUGCCCACACAGCCCCGGUGCAGGCACCUGCGUGGGCCCAGGAGGUGUUUGCAGGCAGCGCACGCCCACCAGGCCCCACUUCGGCACCCAGCUGGGGCACCCGCCUGGCGGGGACUCACCUGCCCUCUGUGACUGAGGCCACUGUCGCCACACCCUCGCAUCCUUGCAGGGGCACUAUUUCUGUUCCAAAGCACACUGUGUCCGUGUAUUCCUGAGAGCCUGUCAGUGUGUCCGCAGGAACAAGGUGGGAGGUUUUGUGUUCUUUGCCACGUGCCUGAGAGUGGCCAGCCCGGCUCCACGACACCCUUGCGUCUUCCACGAACCACCAGUGAAGAUCCGGGUUCCCACACCCUCCCCAACACACGGACGUUGCUGAAGUUAAUGUAAUGAAGCCUUGGGCUGGGCUGCGGGGAUGCACCCCCACAGCCCGUCGGCCUGGCACCCUCCCGCCCAGCAGCCCCUCUGCGGAUGCCCGCCCGCCUCCCCCUGCAUCCACAGGCGGAGCUCUGGCAUUACAUUAAGCCAACCGGAGCAGACUCCGGUUUCUCUCAUUUGCUACUCUUCUGAGCAUCGUGUCACUGUGAAAUCCUGGUGCCGAGUGUCAUACAACCCAGAGGGCCUCGGCACAGACACUGGCCUGUCCCUGGGGACCCUCACCUCCCUGCCGGAAGCCCUGUUUGCCUACAACACUCUGGACCUUCAGGAUGACUGGAUUGCUUGCUCUUGGCUCUUGAUCUUCCUAAGCAAUAUUGUGACGGAGAAAAAGCGUAUUUAUUGCUACUUGCGAUUUGGUUCUGUGGGUCUUAAGGGAAGAAAAAUGGUUACACGAGA